AUACACUGACGCUACUGCAAUUCAGCUUCCCCCAAGCUGAUUCGAACUCUAAACCUAACCCUUUCCCUCACACACGUCUCAAAAUCUCCAAACCCCGCCAAAAGGAGCGAUCAAUUGCCACCACCUUCCCACCGCAUGCGCGUAUUCGCCGCCGCAUGGACUCCGUCGUCCACUCAGCACUCGAAGAAAUAUGCUGCGAGGCGGCCAAUGGACUCCACAUCCGUGACCUCUGGCCGAAACUCAACCCAUGUCUGGCUUCUCGCGGUCUCCCCCUCUGCCCGAACGUGAAGCGGGCAGUAUGGGAGAAUCUAGUGGAGAUUCCGGGCCUCAAGCUUGAAGCCUGUGACUAUGCCUCUUGUCCUAAUGCGACAGAAGAGUUGAUGAAGUGUGAUGUUGAAGUGUGCGAGAAGCUGAAUGUCAAAAUCGUGGCUCCGGAAGCGAUGAGGAAGAGUUUUCUCGGGAUAUACGAAAUGGAGGCUUCGGAAUCUAGUCUGUCUGAUACUCAACGCCUCAUUCUCGAACGCCUCGCAGUUGCUCGGGCAAACGGAAUUGCACAAAGUGAGCUUGCUAAGGAAUUACGCAUUCCGGCAAACAAUUUAUUCUAUCAGCUGAAGAGACUUGAAAUCCAAGGAUUGAUCGUUAGGCAUCCAACUGUUAUUCGAAAGAAACAGGCAUCCAGCAGUAGAGAGCAGAACAAUGGUUCCAUUGUGGCCACCAAUAUGCUCUAUUUAUACCGUUAUGGAAAGCAUUUGGGUUGCCAACAGAGGCUUGAAAUCACUAAGGAGGAUAAUCUCUUGAUGACUAAGGAGGCUGCAGAUGGUCAUCCUGAAACUUUUGAUGAUUUUGGUAAAGAAAUUGCAAAAGAGGAUAUACAUGUCAAAGACUUCUUACCUGCACUGAAAGCUAUCUGCGAUAAACUUGAAAAAGCUCAGGGCAAGGUUCUGGUUGUUGCUGAUCUAAAACGAGAUCUAGGUUAUCGAGGGACUUCUGGCCAUAGAGCUUGGAGAAAUAUAUGUCACAGGUUGAAAGAGGCACAAGUUGUAGAAGAGUGUUAUACAUUGAUCAACAAGAAGGAGGCCAAUUGUUUACGUCUGCUUCGAAGUUUUUCACCAAUGCAUUUUGAGCCAAAACCUCUUGGGCGUGUGCGUGGUGAUAAUGAUGAGGAACAGUCAACGAAUUGUUUGAAGAGAGGACAAAUUACAGAACAACUUAUAGAGCUUCCCAUUUUCCGUCAGAUAUAUGACAUGAUUGAUGCUGCAGGAUCAGAAGGGUUGACUAAUACAGAAGUAUGUCGAAGGCUUGGUCUAUGCAGUAAGGAGUAUCACAAGCGAUAUUUUAAACAAAUGAUCUCUAGGUUUGGAUUGAAUUUGCAGCUUGAAAACCAUAAUAGAGGUGAGGUAUACCGAGUUUGGACAGCUCGGAACUUCAAUCCUGAAUCAUCUAAUAUGGCUCCCAAUGAAAAAGAAACAGUUCUCCCAGAAGUCAAUGAAGCUAAUUCCCUCGUUGUUGACUUUCAUGAGAACUUGUCUCAGCCUAUGCAGGUGGUAGAUACUUCUACUUCUCUGAUGAAUGUUAGAGGUAUCAAUGAAAGUGAAAAUGAUUCAACUGGGGUAACAGAGGCUUCUAAUGGCACAAGUAUGGACGAUGAGGGUUCUGGUGUUCUGCUUUUGCAAUGCAAUCCUCAGAACUCUGUCUUGGAGUUAUGCGAUGGAGCCCCUGCUAAGGAACUUACUGCAAGCAGUAAAUCAAUAGCGAAAAAUAAUCUGCUAGAAACAUGCUCUCCUGCUGUUGUAGUACCCCCCAGGCGUGGAUCAUUUCUGAAGUAUCCCCGUCUUACUAUGGCUGCAACCAGCUCCCAGAGGGAGCAGCGCAUACUGAAGAUGUUGCAGGAGGAGAAGUUCCUCAUAAAACCUGAGCUUCACAGACGCCUUGAGAGUCUUGAGAAGAAAAAGAACACAAUGAUGGACCGGAAGACCUUAGAACGUAGUCUGAACAAACUUCAGCAAGAAGGACACUGUAAAUGCAUCCACGUGAGUGUCCCAGUUGUGACAAACUGUGGCCGCAGCAGGACAACAGAAGUGGUCCUCCACCCAUCAGUUUAUAGUGUGUCACCUGAAUUAUUGGCUCAAAUUCAUGAGAAAAUGAGGUCUUUUGAAAUCCAUGUGCGUCAGCAAUCAUAUGUUCGGCAAAAGAAGGGUGAAUCAGUUCCCAUGUUGCACAAUGUGCAGAGAAUUCCAAAUAGUUUAAGAUUAGAUGUCCAGUCAGAGCGUGCUGAAGUGAUGCGUGCUAAUGGUUUUGUACUAGCAAAAAUGGUUCGGACAAAGCUUCUUCACAUCUUUCUUUGGGGUUGGAUCCGCAGUUCCCCUGGUUGGAAUGAUGGGUUAUCAUCUAAUAACCAUUCUUAUGAUUUGAAAAAUCCACACAGCAGUUGUAAGUUGUUUGAAUUAGAUCGGGCCAUUCGGUCCAUGCCACUCGAGCUGUUCUUACAAGUUGUAGGUUCUGCGCAAAAGUUUGAGGAUAUGGUUGAGAAAUGUAGAAAUGGUUUGCUACUUUGUGAUCUUCCUAUGGAGGAGUACAAGGGCCUUAUGGAUACUCGAGCAACUGGACGGUUAUCAUGGCUGAUUGAUAUAUUACGGCGUUUGAAAUUGAUUCGUCUAGUGAGCAAGGGCCAUGCAGAAGAUGGAGCCAGCAGCCCACAUACUACUCUUACUCAUGCAUUGGAACUUAAACCUUACAUCGAGGAACCAGUCUCAACUGGUGCAUCAUCUGGUUUGCUUUAUCCUGAUCUCCGCCCUCAAGUUAGACAUGAUUUUGUUCUUUCCAGCAGAAAAGCUGUUGAUGAGUACUGGAAUACUUUGGAGUAUUGUUAUGCUGCAGCUAAAUCAAGAGCUGCUUUGCUUGCAUUUCCUGGAUCUGCAGUUCAUGAGGUAUUUCAUUCCCGAUCUUGGGCAUCUGUCCGAGUAAUGACAGCUGACCAGCGGGUGGAACUUCUCAAGCGUAUUGCAAAAGAUGACCCAAACAAAAGGCUUUCGUUUGGUGAUUGUGAGAAGAUUGCUAACGAUCUGAAUUUGACCCUGGAGCAGGUGCUUCGUGUCUAUUAUGACAAGAGAAAGCUGCGACUUACAAGAUUUCAGAGAGUUUUGGAUGCUGAAAGUCAGGAGCUUCAGACAGUCAACGGCAGACGCAUUAUAUCUUCACGUAAAAGAAAACGAUAUCAAGAUAGAAUGUCCUCAAAGCUUGCAAAAGCUAGCAUGGCAGAUGGACAAUCAAGUGGGGAGGCAGUCGGUCCACUAUUAGAUUCUGAUACCCAGUUUAUGGAGGAACAAAAUUGUGUGUUAACUACUUCUGAAGAUUAUGAUUGCCAGUUGCAAAGGUACCAUGCUGGUGAUGAGAUUGAGGGUUCAGAGGUGCUAAAAUUAACUGAAGAAGAUAGACAGGCCAAUACCUUUAUUCACAAGCAAGCCUUGUCAAGAUUGAAGUCGGCACGCCAGAGAAAGUUUUCAUGGACCGAAGAGGCUGAUAGACGAUUGGUCAUUGAGUAUGCAAGACGCCGAGCUGCUCUAGGGGCUAAAUUUCAUCGCGUAGAUUGGGCAUCAAUUUCGAAUCUUCCAGCUCCUCCUGGUGCCUGCAAAAGAAGAAUGGCAUCAUUGAAUAGUUAUAUCCCUUUCAGAAAAGCUGUAAUGAAACUAUGUAAUAUGCUUGCAGAACAUCAUGCAAAAUACCUUGAAACAAUCCAAGAAAAAGUGUUGAAUCAUGGAGAUCCUGGAAAGAUGGUUAGUGAUACUGCAUCUGAAGAAGACAUUUCGUGUUCUCCAGCUCCCAUGUCUGGGGAAUGGGUUAAUUUUGAUGAAGGUAUUAUCAAGGAAGCACUAGAUGAUGUUCUGAGAUACAAAAGAAUGGCUAAAUUGGAGGCUGUUCAAAAUACUUUUUCAGACCCAGAAAAUAACGAGGAUGAUGACUUUGAGGGUGGUUGUGCUGGGGCUAAAGCUUCUUCUCGAAGAUCAAGCUCCCAGCAGCUUCCCAGAAAGUAUUUGAAGCUUUUAAAUAAAGGUGCAAGUGUUAGCAGACAGAUGCAUGAAUCAGUUGCAAUUGCAAAUGCUGCGGAGCUCUUUAAGCUAAUCUUUCUUACCAAAUCAACUGCUCCAGAAGUCCCGUCUUUGCUCGCUGAAACUCUGCGUCGUUACUCUGAGCACGACCUUUUUGCUGCUUUUAACUACCUGAGAGAGAAGAAAAUUAUGAUUGGUGGUAGCUGUAAUAACCGUGUUGACCUAUCACAGCACUUCGUGCAUAGCAUUUCGUUAUCCACAUUUCCUGCAGAUACUGGCAAAAGAGCUGUUAAGUUUGCCACAUGGCUUCAUGAAAGAGAAAAGGAUUUAAUGGAAGAGGGCGUGGAUGUUCCAUCAAAUUUGCAAUGUGGUGAAGUUAUCACAUUGUGUGCUCUAGUUUCUUCAGGUGAAUUAUGGAUUACCCCAUGCUUACCUGAUGAAGGUGUCGGUGAGGCGGAAGAUAACAGAACUUCCAAACGUAAAUGCGAUAGUAGUGAGCUUGAUAGUGGAGAAAUAUCUAAAAGAUCUAAAACUUCAUUUGCUGGUGAUGGUGAGAUAAUAUCUCGGCGAGAAAAAGGUUUUCCUGGUAUAAAGUUACGCUUGCACCGUGAAGCAAUUUCAAGAUUACAAGCUAUUGAAUCAUUUACGGAUGGUGACAUGUACCCUGCCUCAAGUUUUCUUGGAAAAGAUCCAAAGAAGACUUUAUCAUGUUUGGAUGUUAACAGUGGUUCCAUGCAUUCCGGUGUAGCUGAGUAUGUCAGAGAAAUGCUUGAUUCUGGGAGAAUGAUUUGUCCUGCCCUUGAUGUCAGUGAAUCACCAUGGGAAGCUAUGACUAGCUAUGCUGAACUUGUGAUGUCUUCAUGUUCUUAUGAAGUAAAAUGUUCAUUCCUUCAUCCCCACUCAUUCAAAUCUCUUUAUUCAGCCAUUCAGAAGUCUGGUGACAAUGGUUUGAGCAUGAAAGAAAUCCGCAAAGUUCUGAACAUUAAGGAUGAUAAGACGCUGGAAGUUAUGAUAGAGGUGCUUGAAGCAUUUGGACGAGCUUUAAAGGUCAAUGCAUAUGAUUCCAUUCACAUUGUUGAUUCUUUGUAUCGAUCCAAGUAUUUCUUGACCUCUGUACAUGAUCCUGCUGGUGCUUGUCUUAAUGAUCAAAAAAGGAAAAUUGAGGAUGAGAACACGCCUAUUAAGUGUGAUAAUGAUGGAGACGUCAUUUCUGCUUUAGAGAAUGAGAUUAACUGGAAUGCUGAUGAAGUGCAUAGAGUUACAAUUUUGAAUCUACCAGAAGAUGUUGCAGAUCCUCCUACUGAAUUAUCGAACACGGAUAAGAUUAACAGCUAUCAGCACUCUGAAGUUGCUUCUCCCAAAAUGACUAGAGUUGAAAACUUGGAACUCCAUUCUGCUAAUACUAAGAUGUGUAGGCCACUAUUGCCAUGGAUGAAUGGAGAUGGUACCAUAAAUGAACUUGUGUACAAGGGGCUCAUACGCCGUGUUCUUGCUAUUGUGAUGCAAUAUCCAGGGAUAUUAGAGGAGGACAUCAUAAAUGAGAUGCAUGGUCUAAAUCCUCAGAGCUGCAGGCAAUUGUUAGAGACAAUGAUCAUGGAUAACCACAUCAUUAUGCGCAAAAUGCAUCAGAGAACAUCGUCUCAGCCUCCAUCGAUUCUGAAUAACCUUCUUGGCGACCGUUUUAGAAAAUCAAAGUUGAUAUGUCGAGUUCAUUAUUUCGCAAAUCCCACAAGCACGACAUUGUUGUAAAGAAAGCCAGAUUCAGUCAUGCAACCCUUUAAAUUGUGAUGAAGAUGGAUCAUCAUGGCUUUAGAAGGAGAAAACAAGCAAAAUCCUUGUAAAGAAAAAGUUGUACAUGUAAUAGUCUUGUGUAUAAGUUUCUGGGUUCUAAUGGAGAAGCUUCGACAAAGCAUCAUAUAGUGAUAUGGUAAUCCUUGCAAGUAUAAUUUCAACCACUAAAAACUAAAACU